AUGUCAGACCGCAGAGAAGACACCACCCUCAAAGGAAAAGAAAUCUCGAAAAUUGCCAACGACAUUGGAGGAAACCCGUCAUAUGCGAUGAAAUUGAGGAAGCAACAGAGUUCUAUAUACCGGACCAAGUAUCACAGCUAUGGAGAGAAUAUCUACGUGAUCAUGCCUACUCCCAGAGAAGGAUGGAACAGCUCCUCGAUCGAUGGAGGAGACGAUAACCUCCUCGAGAAUCUGAUGCUCAUCCAUGACGACGACACCAGAGGCCCGAAGCGACUGGGCAAACUCUUCCCGCCGCUCUACGAAGCGACAUAUAUGCAGCUGAACAUUUGCACAGCCAAGCUGAGAAAGCGUUGUCUUUGCCACGGAAAAGAAAGAAGAAGGAAAGAGCCCCAGAUAGCCAAUUGCAACUCACCUUCCCUUGACAUCCUCGUUGCUGUCAGCAGUCAUCAAACCCUCAACCCCUACGCCGGACGAAGCUAUUGCACAUCCAGUAGCCAAAUUCAUGCGGUAGAAGACAUUCAGCUGUGGAGUUCCAUCCUUGUCAUCGACGAAGUAUCUUCUCGAUUCCACGAUAACUCCGGAGCAAACCCCGAGCUCCAAUGGCCGUCAUCCCCCGGCAGGAGGCCUGCGCUUUCAUCUGAGAAGGGAGGUCACACCUAUGAUGGAGAUGAAAGCACCCACAGUAGAGUGACAGAGCGAGACGCCAUGGGUAGGUCUCUGCCCUCAAGUCUUGUAUUUGUGCCAGUCGGCGCGGUGCAGGGGCUGUUCACUCACCCGCAAAGGAACCCAAAUAGAUUGCGUGGUCAUAUCGCUUACUGGAUUCGAGACCCAGAAGACCACAGUAUUCGAAUUGUUUCUGUUUCGUCACCUCUCUCCAACAAACAAAAGAACCCUAGUAAAAACUCCGAAAUCUAUGACCCGUACGAUCUUCACCCCUGGCGCCAUCUAGAUUGCCCGACCAUCGCUUCACCCAUCCCCGACGUCGACUCCUACUCCGAGGCUGAUCUCCUCCCUAAGAUGGCACUCGGCAGCCAGACCGAUCUGUCUCUAACCGAGAUAUGCUUCCUUCAUCGUGAUGAGACCUGCAUGAAGAAAACGAUCCGGUCGAUUCGUGGAGCACAGCGCGAGACGAACGUCCAGCUGCUCUACCUAUCCCAACUGCACAGCAGCAUAAAUCCUUGCUCGCCGGAGAGUAAGCCAUCACGCCAAAAGGCCUCACGGUCCACGGAUGCUGGCAUUCUCGACGCGAUCUCCCGUCUCUCCCCUCAUCGCAAGCCGAGCUGGUUUGAUGCGCGGGCACCCGCAUCCUCGUCCCAUCCUCAGCAGACCGAAAGGCAAGGGAGGAGAAGAAGCGCCGCCACAGCUCGCCGCCGUGCUAUCAUCCCCGAAUCGAAAGCUGCGACCUCCCGUCUUUUGCUUCCUGAUAUUCCAGCUCCCCCCAUCGCUCCACAUCCCACCGGUGUGGAGCCCAGCUCCCGCGCCGGAGGCUCGCCUUACCGGCCAGCAACAUGCGGGCAUGGCAUGGCGUGGAGAGAGAAAGAAAAAGAAAGCCCGGAGACGGGGGGACCCUCAUCGGUGAAGAUUGGCAGUCUGUGCGACAGCUCACCGGCUGUUUCCGUCACAAUCCUCGAGCGCCACGGCAAAAAAAAGUGCCAACUUGCCAAGGGGUGUAUGAUGUAUCACCUCCGAGACGCCCCCGGUCUCUUGUUCUUUGCAAACUCACAUCUACCAUACCAGUAUCUUGCCCGCGGCCGCAGCCCCUGCGCGCCCCUGACUCUGGGCUCCUUCUCAAAUUCUCACAACUUCAAAGCCGUGUCUACCCAUCUGGACAAGAUCAGCAAUCUGUAUCAAAUAGCCGGUUAA